AUGGUGUUAUUGCGGAGUCUUCGAUGGUUUUUUUUACUCUUUACAUUUGGACAACUUAAUGAACAAUAUGUAAGAGCAACUUGGCCCUUAUUAAACUGUUCCGCUAUAAAACUAUUGGGCCUUUUUCCUGAUUCAGUGAAUACAUCGGAACGUUCAGAAUUAGUUAUUCAUUCUAGUGCUAUGUUCAAAGCAGCAGUUAUACUUUCUCAACAAUAUAAUAUAACAAUUGACGAACAAUUCAUAGGAUGGGAAGCUGUACAAACUGAUGGUAAAGCAAUAAAUGCUGUGAGUAGUACAUGUCACGCAAUAUCUACAUCUAACAUAGUUGGUAUCGUGGGUCCAGUAUUGUCAAGAGAAAGUCCUAUUAUUGCUAGUUUUGGGGAAAGAGUUGGUAUUCCUGUUAUAUCAUUUGGUGCAACAGAUCCUGAUUUAUCUGAUCGAAAUGCUUAUCCUGUUUUUUAUCGUACAGUUCCUUCAGACUAUGCGGCCGCAUCCGCAAUUGUACAACUAUUUAUUCGAUUUAAUUGGACUUCAUGCACAAUCAUUUAUCAAAGUGAUGCAUAUGGAUCUGGUGGCCUCAAGGUACUGACGCAAGCAUUUAUUGAUAAUGAUGUAAUAGUUGCAACUACGUUAGUAUUUGAUAUAGCAAC